UCCGCGAAAAACGGUUAAAUAAUCUAAAAUGCUCACCGAAAUAGAGAAUAUAAACCCCAAUGUUUAUGAUAAAAUCAAGGAGAGGCAGAUUACAGCCAAUGAAGAAGAUGAAAACGUAGCAGAUCCCUUCGAUAAACGAGAGAUUUUUGACCUUAUCCGAAAUAUUAAUGACCCAGAGCACCCACUGACCCUUGAAGAGCUGCAUGUCGUCCAGGAGAACCUAAUCCGCAUCAGCGAUGGACAGAAUUCCGUUCAUAUUAAUUUUACGCCCACUAUUCCACACUGUUCGAUGGCCACCCUAAUUGGCUUGUCCAUUCGGGUUAAGUUGCUCCGCUCACUACCGACGCGCUUCAAGGUUACCGUAGAGAUCACACCCGGCACGCACGCUUCCGAACAGGCCGUGAAUAAGCAACUGGCGGACAAGGAACGAGUGGCUGCAGCCUUGGAAAACAAGCACCUCGCCGAGGUGAUAAACCAAUGCAUCUCCGCCCGGGGUUGAAUUUUAGUUGUCAAGUUUAAUGUUUCUCACGUUAUUUUAGUAAUAAUAACUUUGAUUUUGUAGAGUUUUAAAUAGAUGCAGCUUUUAAAAUUA